AUGUUCACCUUCGGCCACUCCUCUGGCGAAAUUGGCGCCGCUCACUUUCGGGGCAAGGUCUUCUCCAACAUUAACACGAACGGUGCCAUGAUAGCAGUGGGACUUGGCGCCGAGGCCGCGCAGACGUAUCUCGGGGGCUACGAGGGCCGAAUCGUGCUGGCCUGCCAUAACGCCCCGGUGAUGAUCAUUGCCCGGACCGUCAAGACGGGCGGCAAGGCCUACCACUCGUUCCACAUGAAGCCGGCUGCCGACAUCUACAACGACCUCAUGCAUGAGGCAAGCUCGCAUUUGAAGAAUUGUCCCCGCAAAUCCAUCGCCGCCUUCAUGGUGUCCCCUGUUACCAAUACGGCUCUAGAUUCCGCCAGACCACUAGAUGCAGACUACCGGUGUGCCAAUCUCGUCAGCCCCGUCAAGUUUAGGCAGGCUGUCCAGACGAUCGGCUCCUGUCCAGUUUUCAAGUAUGUCGACCUUAUUGUUGUCGAAAUUAGGCCUCUUUCUGCGCUCAAAGGGCCCGUGAAGCAGAUGUGUCGCGAGCACAAGUUUGACAAGAUGAGUUGCCUCCCAACUAUUAAGCGGGGUGGUAACUCGGCCAGUCAAUUGUUCAAUCUUGCCGGCCAGCUCUUCCUAAACAACUUCAGCCUCGACUAUGAGCGUGUCACUGCCAUCGAGGAGACCUCGCCCCCAGACAAGAUCCAGAUCGGGAAGGGAAAACUGCUGGUUGACCUGCCCAUCUAUCAGUGGAACUACGUCAAGGAACUGUGGGCAGAGCCUCGCCGGUCCAAGGAACAACGCGCCCCCCAAAACCUCCGCCACAAUGUGCUUGGAAGCCAUAUGCCCGGGGGAUCAAAGAACGAACCCACGUGGAGGAACCGUCUGCGUCAGAUUGACCUACCAUGGUUGAAGCAUCAUUCCCUUGGUGGCGAAGCAGUGUUCCCGGCUGCCAGGUACUUCGGCAUGGCCACCGAGGCUGUGACCCAAAUGAAGGAGACCAGCUCCAGUCCAGUGGAAAUCAGGGGCUACACUCUCCAUGAAGUCAUCACCAAAGCGGCCUUGGUUAUCCCCGACGACACUGAUGGCAUCGAGACGCUUCAGUCUGCGGCCAAGCGUCCACACCGACUGGUGGGCGUUCCAGGUGUCGUCUUGGAGCCAGGACGGCCACUGGAGAAGCCACAUGAGAGGCAUUAUUGA